AUGACGGACGACUCGACAACGGAUAUCCAGCAGUCUCCGCUUAUACCUAGCAUUGAGCUGGUGGACUCAGAGGCUGGAAAUUCGGGUAUUGACGACUACAGCAGGCAGAAUUCUGAUAAAACUGUGACGAUGGAUGAUGUUCGAAGGACAAUAUCGGAUGAUGACGCAGUGGAGGAGGCAGCGGUCAAUUUCUAUUUGAAGGACCCGAAGGACGUGUCUACUGUGAUGGACAGCACCAACAAGACCAACAAGUGA